CUGCUGAUAAUAAAAAUACAGAUGCAAUGUUUUAUCUAGGCGAUUUUUACUUGAAUGGAAAGUUUAAGGCGAAAAAGAACAUAGGUCUCGGGUUAUCAUAUUUGUAUUUAGCAGCUUCUUAUAAGCAUAAAAGGGCAAUUAACUUAAUAAAAGAAUCAGGUUAUAAAUCAAUUCCAGACCAAGAAACUGAAGAUGAAGAGAAUGAUAAAAUGGAAAUCAAUUAA